GUGUACUGUUGUUUUACGUACGCGAUAUUUUCAUAAUUAUAAAUGGAUAAAAAUCCACAGAGACCUAAAAACGCUUAUGAAAGGGUUAUGCCCCGUGUUAGUAAAUCUCGUCUUAGUUUAAAUUCGAAUCCGACUGUAAAGCGGCAUGAAUCUCCCGCGCGUAUUGGCGCGAAGCAAAGUUCUUCAAAUUUUACCUCGGGUGUAUUUAGUGAACUGCCGACCGUUUUAAACGACUAUACACCUGAAAGUGAUGUAGUUAAACCCAAGAGGCCUACUUAUGUUGUUAAACCUAAACGAACGUUAAAGUCAAUCGAACCGAUAAAGUCGCCACUGCAGAAAACUUAUAAACGAAUUGAAAAUGUUCAAAAACUCCACGCGCGCGCUUCUGCCCCGAGUGUUUUAAAGUUGGAUAGCUGGAGUUGGACUGAUAGUCAUAGACAGUGUUAUUCUAGUAGAUCUCACACAAGAUUAAAAGAACUGGAGGAAGAAAUAAAGGCAUAUGAAGAAAUAGAGAAAUCAAAGAAGUUCCGUGACAGACUGUAUGAGUCUUGUGGUGUUGUCCUCAAUGAUGGCGGACAAGUGACAGUUGACAAAGCGGUGCAGGCUCAAGAAUUGGGUAAAACGACUAUCUUAUCAAGAAAGGAGCGGAACAACGGAGAGGAUGCCGGAACCCCUCUGCCUGACCAACAGAUGAGACCUGCCCCUCCGCGCUACCCAGUCGAUCGAUAUUUGGUUGAGAGCAGCAAAAACUUGGAUAUGGUUAAAAUUAUAGAUGAUGAUUUAUGGAAACCUGAACCAUCAUUACGGCCCGAGGACGAAAUCAUGUUAAGAAAAUUGCAUGGAAUGCUGCAAUCGACUGCAGAUGACCUGAAGUUGCUUUCUGGAGAGUUGUCGAAAUAUCACGAACCCGGGGUACAAGUCAAAACGCUACCAAUGCCGCUAGACGAAGAUUUUAAUGAGAAAAUACACAUAGAAGAAGUCGUUAAUGCUAAAUUUCAUGGCCAUAGAAUCAUUAGCCCAUCACAAUCCAUUGUGACGCCGCGUACAAACGCAAAUGCAGUACAAGAGUUAAUAGCUAAUAAAAUAGCGGAAAAUAAGCCCAUUUGUAGUUCUAGAAUAAGUGUAACAAAACCAGUAGUACAAAAAAAGCCUCUAAGGAAAUUAGGAAUUUCUAAAACUAAAACAAUAGAAAUAGCAGAAGGCAUUAGUAAUAGUGAAAAUAACAACACAGAUAAAAUAAGAUUAAAUCAGACACCAUGUAGGGACAAAACAGUGACAUACAAAGAAAUUGUUCAUGAAUACGAAGAACCUAAACAGAGGACUAUUUUUACACGUCCUUUGAAUAUACAAGAAAUGCCUUGUAUCAAUAUAAGAAGUGAAUUGAAAACACAAAAUGUUUUACAACUAGAUAUAGUACCCGAUAAUACUGACUUAGUUAAUAAUUCUGAAAAGAGAAAUAACGUUGCUGUUAUAGCAUUUUCACACGAAGUGCCAUCUACAUCGGAUAAGAAAAUACAUGAAAUAGACGUUGCUAUAGAACAACCACCACAACGUAAAGUAUCUAAAAUGAAAACUUAUGAAAGUAGUGAAUCAUCGAACACUAAUAAAAAACGAAUAUCUACAAAACAACAUAUAAGUUACAAACCAUUAGAUAGGCGUAAAGUUCACAAUGAUAAUAAUGUUCCUAAAAGGGAUGUUAAAAGAACACGCACGAAUUUAAACGAAUGGAAGAGAAAAUUAAACGCAGUGUACGGUCAAACUGUAAAACCCAAAACUACAAAAGCCAUCACAAAAAAUCAAACCUCUAAAGUGCCAGUCUUACAACCCAAAGAGAGGAAAGUUUUAAAUAAUACCGAGUAUAUUCCUUAUACAAAGCUAACGUUAGGAGGAGUUAAUGUUAAAGAAAUUGAGAGGGAACUGUCCCAUGUAUCAAACAAAAGUGAUGUACCGUUAAGUCCUAUUUUAGAUAAGAUAUUGAGUCGUCAGAAUUCAUUCAGCAAUGAUAAAUCACAAAAAGGAAGAGAAGAGGAACAGAAAAUAUUAAGUACUUCGGAUGAAAAUUUAAUGCAAGAAGUGUUAGAUUUAGAAGAAAAAGUGAGCAGUACUCUGUCAAAGAAAUUCAAUAAAGAUAACACCGAUACACCACCGCUUACAUUUAAUAAACUGUCUAACGAUGAUGAUGAUGAUAACACAUAUGCUGAUGAUUUUGAAGUUGAUAAUUCUGAACCACCAUCCGAAAAAAGCCAGUCAGUUGGUGUGAGGUCUAAGUCACCUGAAAUUUCUGUUAAUUUAAAUGUAAGGAAUGAAGCAUUAAAUAUUAAUGAUCAACAUAACACUGAACAUAAUAAAACAUAUGUGAAGAUAUCAAAUCUAUCUUUAAAAAAUAAAAUCGAUACCUUUGAAUAUAUACAUACAGUAGAUACCCAAGAUACUGCAACACAAAGUAACGCAGUGAAUAAAAUAUCAUUACAAGGAACACAAACAUCACCCAGAAUCGAAAAUGAUAUACAAACAAUACGUAAUGAUUUAUCCAUUGACCCUCGACAUGAAGUUGAGAAUAUGUUUAAAUUAGAAAAGGAAUUCAUUAAAAAGCUGAUAAUCGAUGAAUACAGCGACUUGCUUGAGAAGAAUCUAAAUAAACCAUCUACAUCCAAUGAUUGCAAACUAUAUUCUGACGAGAAAAACGUAUCUUCUUUACCGAAAAAUACUCAGACUUCUCCAGCACGCGUCAAAAAUGUAAUGACAUCACCAACCAGGACUAAAACAAGAACCACGUCGCCUUUUACCUUAUCUGUCACUUUAAAUAAGCAAACGAGCCCUAUGACAAUCGAGUCACAUAGAAAAGAUUCCGACCAAGGAAUAAAUGUGCAAGAAUCAAAGGUUUCUCUGGAAGAAGAACACAACAUAACGAUCAAUUUGUCAUCGCCUCGAUUUAGCCUGCGCUUACCACAGUCUUCCGGAAAUUUAUCCAAUUCUGACAGACAUAUUCAUAGCAAGAGAUUCAUAAAACCCAAACCAGUUAGAAUAAUAAGCAGCUCUAGUUCGGUAGAAGAUUAUACGUCAUCAGAUAUAAGUUUUGGUGAAAUUAACAGAGAGUUUAAAAGACGAUUGAGGAGACACAAAAUACCCUCUAUAUCGGAACCUAGUUCGUCAUCUCUAUCCAAAUAUUCAGAACAUUCAAGCGCUGUGGUUCCUUUAAAAAGUGAAGGAGAAAUAAGCGCUUAUCAGACUAAAUCUAAUAAAUAUAGUAAAAGUGAGGGAGAAGUCAGUUUGGGUCAAAUGAAGUGACGUCAAAAUUGUUGAUCAUUUUCUUGUUUGGUUAGUUGUUUUAGAUAUGUAUAAAGUACCUUUUGACUAGUUUACGGAGUUAGCAAAAUGCAUGCUGUUUCUUUCUCUCUUACGAUCCUUUUGUAUAUUUGCUGUUGUGUGAGAGAGACGAAUGCUUGUGGUCUUUGUUUGUAUCCUAGAUGUUAAAAUAUGAAAGUGCUUUAUAGACUUAAUAUUUUUAUAUUAUGAACUAAAGAUACGUUUAUUUUUAAGAUGAAUUUGUUCUCACCGUUAGUACAAACAUGUAGGUUAUUGCAAUUUUAAUUGUCAAAUUAUUAUUGAUUAUUUUAAGUGAAUCUUCUUGUGGAUACUAUUUUUUAUUAUGAUAUAUUUUAUAAUGAAAUGA